AUGCAAAGAACAAGUCUUGGUAUGUGGUACUCAAAUGAUACACGGCAAAAGGAAACCAAAAAAAAAAAUAAAAAUAAAAAUAAAGAAAAGAAAGAAAUGCAAAGCGAAAGUCCAAAUAUCAUGGAAGACAGAAAGGGAACUCGUGAGUGCAAUGACAAAAACGGACAGAUGGGAAUAAUAAAGCAGAUAAACAACAAAAAAGAGGAAAAAAUGUUCGUCCAAGGAUGGGAGUAUACUCAUGACCAGCAGAUUUCAAGUAUAUUAGCGAUGGAGCAGUUUCGUGCAAAUUCCAACGUCGAUGAGAUAAAUAACAAAGCUUUGCAGGGGGAAUAA